CGAGCAAGUCGUAAUUGUUGUGGGCCAGCACAAAGAGAAGGACGGGCAGCUCCAGACGAGAGCAAAGAGCGCUACACGGAUCAGAAGGCGCGCAAAGACACUGCUAGCAAGCGUUUAUACCCCUCGAGAUUGUCACUCGAGCGCACACAAAGCCACGACUGUUUAUCGCUCUCCAGUCAUCAAAGACCGUCCUUGAGCAGCUCAUCUGACUGUCUGCCCAACCGUACAUAAGCAAGCGAGAGAGUGCAGCCACCUUUGGACGCAAGUAGCAGGACCCGCGGACGAUCAGGCACGGACCUUUGCCCAGUACACUCGAGAGGGAUUGCCACUGUCCCAUUCCGAGCAUUGACAUUGAAUCCGCACCAACCCCGACGCCGGAAGAGCAUACAAGUCAUCAGAGAUGGACAUCAUACUCCGUCAAUGCGACGAACUCUUGCUCGACAGGGUCUGGGCUUAUGUCCUGCCUAGCUCCAUGGCCUCCUCAGCACAUGCCAAUCUGACUCCUACCGCCUCCCUCUCGUCUUACUACGACCAGGCAGUGUCGAGGAGCAGCUUCUACGAGAGCGCAUGGCCGAGAGAUGAUUGGAGGAGGCAGUACAUCUCUCUCUAUGCGAUGGUGCUCGUAUCCAUCUUCACGCUCUACUUUAUCGUUGCCGGUCUAUCCUAUCGCUAUGUCUUCGACAAACGGAUGAUGAAGCAUCCUCGCUUCCUCAAGAACCAAGUCAAGCUGGAGAUUCUCUCUUCCCUCAACGCUUUCCCAUGGCUAGACCUGAUGACGACGCCUUGGUUCUUGGGCGAAGUGAGAGGCUACUCACUUUUAUACGACUCCAUUCACGACUCGCCCUUCGGGCACGGACUGUGGCGGAGCAUCGCCUACAUGGUCCUCAGCAGCGCUUUCUUUCUCUGGUUCACCGACGUCUGUAUCUAUCUUGUCCACCGGGCAGAACACCAUCCGCUCGUCUACAAAAGGAUACACAAGCCUCACCAUAGAUGGAUUAUUCCCACGCCGUUUGCAUCGCACGCUUUUCACCCGUUAGAUGGCUACGCUCAAUCACUACCCUAUCACAUCUUUGCCUACAUUGUUCCGCUGCACAAAUGGCUCUAUAUGGGCCUCUUUGUCUUUGUCAAUCUCUGGUCAAUCUUGAUUCACGAUUCGGACAUGAUUGUCGAUCAUCCGCUCGAACGGUGGAUAAACGGUCCUGCGCAUCAUACCCUGCACCAUAUCCACUUCAACGUCAAUUACGGGCAAUAUUUCGUCUGGUGCGACAAAGCCGGCGGCUCCUUCCGACAACCUGCCAAGACAGACGAUCCUCUGUUGGCAGUCUUGGCGGCCGAAGAGAAGCGCAAAGCGGCCAAAGUCGAGCUUCAAAAACAGAGACAGCUAGCGAUAGAGAUCUAUGAAUCCGAGAAGCUCAAAGAGGCAGAGAUGACGCGGCAGACAAGUGAGAGACUGGCUGCCGAUACAAACAGCGCAGAAGCUUCCGAUGAGGAAGUACAACGGGCGACAAGUAUGGCCAGACUCAGCUCAGCCUCUUCGCUUCGUCACCUGAACGAGUCCAGCUCAUCGGGCAGCUCGAGUGACAGCGACGAGUCGCCUCUCCACUCACCAACGCUACGUCAGCGUAAAGUGGCGUGAUCAUCACGGAAGGGCAGCAGCCUGAUCCACUCGGCUCCGCAAUGUAUGUUGUAACCUUAUUCUGCACUCACACCAUGGUCGUCGGAUCACUUUUACUGUUGCAUCUGCACAUCGGCCUGUGCUGCUACAGUCGCUGCUGAGAUCUGCUCCACGUUGAACCGCUUGCCCGCACCAUCCCAGAGCGUUCCGUCAAUUACGCUGAUGCCAAAGACGUUGCGGUAGACAUCGAUGGAGAUGAUAUGGCUUGACGAGCCAAUGUUGACCUUGCCUCGGGAGCUGGCCGCUUGGCCAUUUUGCUCGGGGACGGCCAAGAUGUCUUGCGCAAUUGCGCCCACCCUCUGCGUGAUGACGUCCCUGUUCAGGGGCGCGGUGUGAUCCCGCACUCUCUGUUCAAUGCGCCAUGUGAUGAAUCCAGGUGUGCGUGAAGGGUCCCA